AUGACCAAUUCACCCCCCCCCCCCCCUCUUUCCAACAAUGGUCCAAUUCUACUCCGAAAUCCCAGACUUCCUCAUCCCCUGAAUGCAAUCCCAAAAGAUGUUCUGGGUCGCCCCCCUCUCUCUCCAACCGGCCACAUCAACGUCUCGCCAAAAGGGUACGAAGGGACUUUUAAUAUUGUCGAUAGGAAAACGGUUCGGUAUGAGGAUCUUAGUGGCAAUGGUGCGUAUUUGGACUUACUUCAAUGCCCAGGAGUUGGUUGA